UAACCUGACGAAAACUUCACAAACGUCAAAUUUGUCAUCACAACAUGAACCACGUAGGCUGCACAACAAACAAAUUUAUUAUUAGUUAAUUGUAAAAACAGUGUGUAAAUUGUAGUUUAAUUAAAAUUCAACAUGUCCAGCAUAAGACAGAAGCAAAUUAUUGCCUUAAAGCAAAUGUUAAAUCUAAACCAAACCACGACGAAAUCCUCGCUGGCCGAACCCGUCUGGAAAGUCUUAAUCUACGAUAGAGCGGGACAAGACAUUAUUUCCCCUCUGAUAUCCGUCAAAGAGCUACGAGAGUUGGGUAUUACGCUUCACGUACAGUUGCACAGCGAUCGCGAUCCCAUUCCGGAAGUGCCCGCCAUAUACUUUUGCGCCCCUACGGAAGAGAACCUAGGCAGGAUCACGCAAGACUUUCAACGAGCCGUUUAUGACAUUUAUCAUCUUAACUUCAUUUGUCCGAUUUCUAGGCAAAAAUUGGAAUAUCUGGCGGCGGCUGCUAUUCAGUCAAAUUGUGUUGCGAGCAUACACAAGGUUUACGACCAGCACAUUAAUUUUAUUUCCUUAGAAGAUGAUAUGUUCAUCCUCAAACAUCAAAAUAGUGAUUCCUUAUCAUAUUAUGCAAUCAAUAAGGCAGAUUUGAAAGACUCAGAAAUUGACGAGGUCAUGGAUGCGAUCGUCGAUAGUUUAUUUUCCGUUUUUGUAACUGCAGGGACCGUGCCAAUAAUUAGAAGUCCGAAAGGAAAUGCGGCCGAAAUGGUCGCCAAAAAGCUCGACAAGAAGCUUAGGGAGAACUUAUUCGACGCCAGGAAUAAUUUAUUUCACACCGACACGCAUACUGGAAGUUUUAACUUUCAAAGACCCUUGCUGAUAAUUUUAGACCGAAAUGUUGACAUGGCGACACCUUUACAUCAUACCUGGACCUAUCAAGCUCUCACCCACGAUUUACUUAAUCUCACCCUAAACAGGGUAAUCGUCGAGGAAAAUUCUUCUAGCGGAGGUGCCAAGACCAAAAGUCGACCGUGUGAGUUGAACUCGAACGACAAAUUUUGGGUGACCCACAAAGGCUCACCUUUUCCAAUGGUCGCCGAGGCUAUCCAGGAGGAGUUGGAAGAGUACAAAUCAUCUGAGGACGAGGUGAAGAGGUUAAAAAGCUCUAUGGGUAUUGAUAAUGAAAACGACGCCGCUCUGUCGAUGGUAUCCGAUAAUACUGCACGUCUAACGUCGGCUGUAAAUUCAUUGCCACAACUGAUAGAAAAAAAACGACUUAUAGACAUGCAUACCACGAUAGCUACUGGAAUCUUAAAUUUUAUAAAACAGCGAAAAUUCGAUACAUUUUUUGAACUGGAAGAAAAAAUUAUGAGCAAAGCAAAUGUAGAAAAGAAUCUAGCGGAUAUUUUGACAGAUCCCGAAAUAGGUACCCCCGAAGACAAAAUGAGGUUAUUUAUUAUCUAUUACAUUUGCACACCUAGCAUUUCUGAUAGUGAGUGUACGAAAUACGAAAACAUCCUUCAAGCGGCAGGAUGCGACCUUUUGCCAUUAGUGUACAUCAAAAGGUGGAAGAGCUAUACGAAAAUGAUGGGCGGUACAAAUCAAUACGAGGGCGCCGGAACAAAAACUGUGAAUAUGUUUUCCAAAUUAGUCACUCAGGGUUCAUCGUUUGUCAUGGAAGGUGUUAAGAAUUUAGUUGUAAAAAGACAUAAUCUGCCCGUUACUCGAAUUGUAGAUCAUUUAAUCGAUUUUAAAAAUAGCCCGGAAUUGGAAGAAUACCAUUACUUAGACCCCAAACAGUUGAAAUUAACCGAAGUUCCACGAAAUAGGGCACCAUUCCAAGAUGCAUUUGUUUUCAUUGUCGGCGGAGGCAGUUACACGGAAUAUCAAAACUUGGUGGAUUACGCAAAACAAAAGAAUGCAUCAGGCAGUACCAAACGGAUAGUAUACGGAGCAACUACACUAAAUACACCUAAGCAAUUUUUAAAACAGUUACUGUUGCUUGGCCAGGAAGCAUAGACCAGUUUUUAAGAGGCUUUAAUUGUAUUUUGCAUUCAAUGGCAUUUACUAAUAAAAAAAAAACAAUUUAAAAGCC